UCCAUUUUCUCAUAAAAAAAUGGAAGAAAAAUAAUGUAAUAACAACUCUUGGAUGAAGAAAAAAUAAUAAUAGUAAUAAUAAUUCUGGAAAACUGGAAAAGACAAUUGAAAUCGUUACUUCUAAGAAUAUUUUCACUCUACGAUUUCUUCUCUGUUUCUCUCCUUCUCAAUUUCAAGCAUCUUCAACCAUAUGCAACUUUCGAUAUUUUGAUGGAAGGCAACAACACCGUUCAUGCUUCAGAUUCAGUUGAUAAAUCUAGGAUUGUAGAAGUGAAACCCUUGCGUAGUUUAGCUCCUGUAUUGCCGAAAAAUAUUCAGUCUUGUUUUCCUGCCAAAUACCCAUCUGGGUUUCCUCCAUUUUAUUCAUUUGAGAAACCCCAAGAAAUUCCUCUUCCAAAAGAAGCUGAGGAAAUUCCCGUUGAUGCUGAGACAGCCGAGGAAAUUCCUGUUGUUUCUGCGAAAGAAACGACUCGAGAAACUCCUCUUGCUGCUAAAGUGACUCCAAUAAGGUUCUACAAGAGUUCGGUUGACGAAGAAGUGAAUCCACGAGCAGACGGAGAUGUUAAUUCGUUUUCAGAAGGCUUGAACGGUGAUGAAUGUGUUGAUAGUACACGGAAGCGAGGUACAGAGAAUAUACAGAAUUGUAAAGAGUUUCUUAAAAGGAAGAAGAAUAAGAAAACUCGGGAGGUGGCCGGUGAUGGUCAAAGUUCUAAUAUUGGUGUUAACCCGUCUCGAAAUGCGGACGGAGAUCAUGAAUCGGUUAAUCGCGUGCUCAUGACAUUUGAUUCGAUUCGAAGAAGGCUAUGCCAGCUUGAGGAUUCAAAGGAGCUGAAUAGUUCACAUGCCAUCAAGCGUGCGGAUCUCAGAGCAAGCAAUGCUUUGACAUGUAAAGGGGUUAAAACGAAUUUGAGGAGAAGAGUGGGAGUGGUGCCUGGGAUUGAGGUUGGGGAUAUUUUCUUUUUUCGAAUGGAAAUGUGUCUUGUGGGUUUACACGGUCAAUCGAUGGGUGGAAUUGAUUACAUGAACAUCAAGGACGGGUCGAAGGAGGAUACUGUGGCGUUAAGUGUUGUUUCGUCAGGAGUAUAUGGUGAUGAUACGGAGGAUAAUGAUGUUUUAGUUUAUAGUGGUCAAGGUGAGAAUUUCAACAAGAAAGAUAAGCAUGUGACUGAUCAGAAGCUCCAAAGGGGUAAUCUUGCUUUGGACAGAAGUGCGCAACGGCACGACGAAGUUAGAGUCAUUCGGGGAUUGAGAGAUGCUACAAAUAGAAGUGCAAAAAUCUAUAUGUAUGAUGGUUUGUAUAAAAUCCAAGAUUCUUGGAUUGAAAGAGGGAAAUCUGGUGGUGGUAUAUUUAAGUAUAAGUUGGUAAGGUUACCUGGACAAAAAAGUGCUUUUGCUACUUGGAAAUUGGCUCAAAAGUGGAAAGCAGGUUCUGCUUCAAGGAAUGGCUUUAUCCUUGCUGACCUCUCCAAUGGAGUUGAAAGUAUUCCAGUAUCACUUGUCAAUGAUGUUGAUGAUGAAAAAGGUCCUGCCUUUUUCACUUAUUUCAUGUCUCUCAAAAAACCGAAACCUUUUGGUUUAGUGCAGCCUUCGUUUGGCUGCAAUUGUAACAAAGCAUGCAUCCCUGGUGAUUUGAACUGUUCUUGCAUUCAAAGAAACGAAGGUGAUUUUCCGUAUACUGCAAAUAGUAUUCUAGUGAGUCGGAAGCCGCUGAUUCACGAAUGUGGCCCUAUGUGUCGGUGUCUUCCUAACUGCAAAAAUCGAGUAUCGCAGACUGGUUUAAAGCAACAGAUGGAAGUUUUCAAAACAAAGGAUAGGGGCUGGGGGCUUCGGACACUGGAUCCUAUUCGUGCUGGUAGCUUUAUUUGCGAAUAUGCAGGAGAAGUUGUUGACAGAGCUAAGGUAUGUCAGAAUGGUGAAGGAGAUGAUGAUGAAUAUAUUUUCGACACAAGCCGUAUUUAUCAACCAUUCAAGUGGAAUCAUGAACCUGGCUUACUGGAAGAAGUAAGUUCAAAUGUUCCGAGUGAAGAUUAUACUAUACCAUCUCCUCUCAUUAUAAGUGCCAGGAAUGUGGGAAAUGUGGGUAGAUUCAUGAACCAUAGUUGCUCCCCGAAUGUAUUUUGGCAGCCGGUCUUAUAUGCGGAAAACAAUCAAUCCUUUCUCCACAUUGCAUUUUUUGCCCUUAAACAUAUUCCUCCUAUGGCAGAGUUAACAUAUGAUUAUGGAUUUGUCCUUGCCGGUCAUGCCGAGGGUAGUAGUGCACAAAGAAGGAAAAAGAAAUGCUUGUGUGGAUCAGCAAAGUGCCGUGGUUUCUUUGGUUGAUAUUUUGUUGCAGUUGCUCACAGCUAACAUGGUUCUUGGAAGCCUGUUCAUGGCUAAAUGAGAUGAGGAAAUUCAAUGUCAAGCAAGAGCCAGAUUCAGCUUCGAGGCUCCAACUUAGUGUGCGCUACUUCCAAAUAUCACUCUGAAGGGUAGGUUUUAUUUAUUCAAAAUUAUUCACGUUGGUCUACGGGCAUUGCUAUUUCUUGGCUCUGACUUGGAUUAUCCUGCCAUAUUCCUAAUUUUAAGAGCAAAAUUUUGGUGAGUUAUUGCCCCUGAGCGCUUGACAAUAUCAUCGACAUGCAGAUCUUUAUCUUGGAUUGUUGUAAUGUAGUAAUUAGUGUUGACGUUGAUUAGAAGGCUAAUAUUGCAUUUUACAUCUGGGAUUAUAGAAACUAAUUUGUUAAACCAUGCUGUGUAUCAUAUUUCUGUAUCUAUUGAUCUGGUGAUUUGUUUUGUUUACAUGAAAAUAUAUUCAUACA